AUAUUACCCACUAAAGUGUGUCAACAUUUAAGGAUGGCAUCUGCCUAUCAACUGGAUGAAUGAGUUGCUUACCACGUUUGCCUCAAAAUCAGGCUCCUUGCUUUCUAUUUUCUGUUCUCAUGGUGUUUUUUUAAUCAUGUACAACAUAUAUAUAUAAAAGAAUAGUACUUGCCUUAGCUCAGUGGGUCAUAUAAAGAAGAUAGAGAAAAUCAAUCAAGGUGAGAAGCUGCAAGAAAUGGAAUCAAGUGGAAGGAGUGGUGCAGUAAGGCAAUAUGUUCGCUCAAAUGUUCCAAGGCUAAGAUGGACAUCUGAGCUUCAUCACUGCUUUCUCAAUGCAGUGGACACACUUGGUGGUCAAGAAAAGGCUACACCCAAGCUUGUUCUUCAGCUGAUGGAUGUGAAAGGACUCACCAUAUCCCAUGUGAAAAGUCAUCUGCAGAUGUAUCGAAGUACGAAAAUUGAUGAAAACAGCCAUGAAAGUGAAACAAGGAGAUCAAGGAAUGACAGAUACAGUCCUCCUUGUUUUCCGUGCAAGUUUUAUUCUUCACCCACCCAUUCAACUACAUCAGGCCUUUUACCAAACAGAUCAGGGAGAGAAGAAGAAAGUCAUGGAGCUGACCCUGCAAUAGGUCUAGUUGAGGUUAUGAGUAGGACGGAGAACAGUAUGGAUGAAAAAAGGAAGGCUGAGGAAAUGGAGAUUGCCCUCUCCCUUUCACUUUCUUUAAAUCCCAAGAAGCCCAAAACAUCUCCAUCUCACACCUUUUCAUCACUCUCUCACACUUGGGAAGAGAGCAGUGGUAGCAGGAAACACUAUACUUAUAAUGUUUCCAGAAAACAACAUACACAGUGCCUAGCUUCUAGAGUUAAUAGUGAUGAUGACUAUGGCCAUAUCCAACUGGACUUGACCAUGUCUAUAGGUCAAACUGCAUAGUCUUUGAAAUAUUGCAUGAUAUGAUCAACUCUUCUAGAAACUGUUUUGUCUAUAUUGUUUGAUGUCAUGAGUGUAUUGUAUAAUAUGCUAGACCAUAAGUUAAAUACCCAUUUCAUUAUGCUGUUUAUACCCAUCUGUAUAACAAACAUUUUCAUAGAUCCACUAUGCUUGAUAUUACAUAGAAUGGAUCAAGGCAUUAUUGCUGAUUUUACUAGAUCUCUC